CACACACACAUACACACAAACACAGUUUUUCUUCUCAUCAUGUCGACUACUAGAUUGAUGAUCUGCUUGGUUUUUGGUUUAGUAAUCCUAAACCUUCUGACAAUGCAUGAAUGUGCUGAUCAUGGUGGAUAUUGGAACAGUAAGAUUGCUGGACUUCCAGAAAAGAAGAUAAAUAUUGAUUUUUGUUACAAAGAGACAAUAAACAGACAAGAGAUGUGGUGCUGCGAAUUCAAUGGUCAGAAACAUAUCCCUUGUUGGAUUGACAGAGGUUUAUGUCGUGAUAACUGUUUUCAUACCCCUCCUCAAAGUGUAAAGGCUGAGGCUUUCUUGCCUUGA